UCGCUGUUGCCCUCUCCCGUGCAGUUUCGCUUUCCCUUCUCAGUCGCCAUGGCUAAGAGGCCUAAGAAGAACAUCUUCAAGUCCUUUCGGCGACAGCCCUCCUCUACGCCUGAGCACAAGUCAAGACCUGCGAGUAAGGGAUUUCAUCGCCUCAUGUCGCUCCUGUGUCGGAGGGGUUCCUCGCCGUCCCCACACAUGCCGAGGUCGCCAAGCCCAUCCCGAAGACAGUUCAGUUCGCAGGCAGUGCGCCCCCGCGCAGACUCACUGCCCGAGCAUUCGGAUGCCCGCUUCCCAGCGGGCGCCUCCGAUUCCGACGCUCCCAGCUCAGGCGACCAGCCUGCCGAUCCAGGCAACGGCGUCGAACCCAGUGCAGCUUAUGAGUCCCCCAGUAGGGCCACGAUAGGCCUAGCUGUGUUCAAGAGCGCGCUGCAAAUCACGGAGAGGGCCGCCGACGUCUUUCCCCCUCUCAAGUCAGCCGUGGGAGGUCUGCUGGGAAUCCUUGACUUGGUCGAGACGGUUGUCGAUGUGCAUGAAAAGUUCAAGCGCAUCACAGAGAAAGUCUCCCUCGUGACGGAGGUGGUUGAGAUGUAUCGAUCUUUGGACUCAGGCCGUCAGGGCGAGAUGAUGAAGUACCUGGACAAGGUCGCGGACGAACUCAACGCAGUGGAGGAAAUCGUACAAAAGAAACAGGAUCGCAAGAUUAGCAAACGCAUAGUUCUUGCGCCAGCCGACGUCGACGAAGUUGAACGACAGUUCCGUGCUGUUGGGGAUGCCACGGACCUUUUCCUUUUGUUAGUCAACGUACGCCACAUUGCGGCAUUGGAAGAGUUGCGUAGGCUUAAUCAGUCAUCGCAUGCAAACUCAGCCAGCCGGAUCCAGUUUGAUUACCUGGACAAGCUGUCUGGGAGUGAGUCGGCCCGCUACGAUGCGAUAGACAUCCCCUUCUGUACCACGGACACCCGCAUUCAGCUCCUCGAAGACGUCUUUACUUGGGCAGCAUGCAACGAGGGCGAGGAUGUACCGUCGAUCUUCUUCCUGAACGGAGUCGCGGGAUCUGGGAAGAGCACUAUUGCGAAGACGUUGUGCGCUUCGUGGAAUCACGCAGGCCGCCUGGGUGCUAGUUUUUUCUGCUCUCGCCGCAAGGCCGAGCAGCGGGAUGUGCGGUCCAUCUUUCGGACACUUGCGUACCUCCUAUCACUGUCUUCACCCUCAUUCGCGGAUGAGGUCGUCAAGGUGCUGCGAGAGAACCCGCUCGCUGCCAGUGCGAACAUCGAGGAGCAGUUUCGUCUUCUGAUCUCCGAUCCAGCGACUGCCGCAUUCACUGCAGUGGGUCCAGUGCCAGUCGUCGUCGUGGAUGCUCUUGAUGAAUGCGAUGACGCGGAUGCGACAGAAAACCUGCUGAAGGUCAUCGUAAAACACGGACGCCAGCUGCCUCUCAAGUUCUUCGUAACUAGCCGGCCCGAGCAUCACAUCAGGACCAUGUUCAGGCAGCCAGGCUCGCGACAUCUACGGCUGCGUGACAUCGAGCGCGAUAUUGUUGACGAAGACAUCCGUAUAUCUCUGACGGCAGAACUGUCCGAUUUUGAAGAUGUUCAGUUGUCUCCCGAGGACAUCAAGAUUCUUGUGGACCGCUCGCAGGGUCUGUUCAUCUAUGCGGCCACGGCAUGCAAAUACAUCAAAGCGCGUGACGUACCAGAGCCUCCGCAGGAGCGGCUACGUGAACUGGUUGCUCCGCAUGCAGAUCAUCCCCCCACCGGUAUUGAUGAGAUGUACGACUACAUCCUUGGCCAAGCUCUUCAGCGCUUGAAUGGCGACCAGUCGACGAGGGUUCUGCGGUGCUUACACGCAGUCGUCUGCGCGCGCAAUCCCCUCUCUGUCCCCGAAUUAGCGCACUUGCUAUGCCUCACCCCUGACCAGGUCCGCUAUGCACUCGUCGCUUUGCAUUCCGUGAUCAACGUCCCCGACCAUGACGAGGAACACGGUCUCCUGACAACAUACCAUGCUUCCUUCCCAGACUAUCUCACUACACGGACGCGGUCUGGAUCAAAGCGAUGGGCGGCAGACACUGGAGCGACACAUCUCGACGUUUUCCUCGGGUGUAACAAGAUCAUGGAGACUGGCCUGUUCUUCAACGUGUCGGGGUGUAGCACAUCGUACGCCAGCAAUGCAAAGCAGCCGUCGCGUCGAGAGCUCCCUUCGUAUCUCGUUUACGCGUGUCGAUUCUGGAUCGAACACCUGACCAUGUCGUCCGUCUCGGAGGAACGAGCGACUCAGGAUGUCUUGGCUUUCUUCGAAAACAAGUUCCUAUACUGGCUGGAGGUGUUGAGUGUUUGUAACUACACAAAUGUAGCGUCUUCACUGAUCGUGAGGCUGGAAGUCUGGCUUCGGGAACAGCAAACCAGACAAAACACGGAAAACGCGGACGUGUCACGAUGUCUGCGGCUUCUGUUGGACGCGAAUGACUUCCUCAUUCGCUUUGGGAUGCCGAUCCACGACAGUGCACCACAUAUAUACAUCUCGGCUCUUGCGUUCACACCUCCAAAGUCGCAGAUCAGCCAGGUAUAUCUCGCUCUACUGGAGCGUCGAUUGAAGGUGGAUACUGCGGAACGGCUCACACCAUUACCCCUCCUGGAGAUACACGAGCAUCGCCGCUGGACAUCACAGUUACCACAUUGGCGAGCGCUAGCCUUCUCAGCUGACAGCAGCUACAUCCUGUCUGCUGCAGAUGACAACCUCUGCCGCUGGGAUGCAAGGACAGGGGAGUCAAUUGGCCAGCCGCAGCAGGGACCUGACAUUCCGCAUUCUCGCCUCGCGCUCUCACCGGACGGAUCUCGCGCUGUAUCCUGGUCCGAGAGUACUGGCUGUGUCUGGGACACUACAUUGGAUCACCCCAUUGGACGGUCGCUCAAAGUACCUACGGAUGCCACAUCCGUAAGCUUGGUUGUGUUCUCGCCCGAUGGCAAGUGCGUCGCCGCAGCCGGUAUCACAAUGGCGGAAGGCCGUGACUCGGUCAUUUGUAAAUGGGACGCAGCCACGGGUGACCCCAUCGGCCAACCGCUUGAACUGGCAGGAUCGGCGCUCAAAGGCUGGCUUUCAUUGAUUGCAUUCGCGCCCGAUUACAAGCGCAUCGCUGCGACAUAUCCCCGUGACAAUCUUGGCCUUGGAAAGUUGACCUUGUGGGACGCAGAGACUGGCGCUGCAAUUGUAGAAGAAUUCGCAGACGUGAAUUCAGCCGUCUUCUCACCAGACAGCGCAUUCGUUGUGUACGGGGAACUCGGGGGUGCUAUCCAUGCCAGGGACGCGGAGACUGGUGAUGCAAUCGGACAGCCGCUCAAUGGACACACAAUGACAGUAUGCUCGCUCGCAUUCUCGCCGGAUGGCAAGUUCGUUGCGUCCGGGUCGGCUGAUACCACGGUUCGCGUCUGGUCGUUCGAGCAUGGCAGACUUGGUGUUCAUCGGGUGCUGAAGGGACAUACAAGCUCGACCGAAUCGGUCGUCUUCUCGCCGGAUGGUCACUUCCUUGCAUCCACCUCGGAUGACGGGGACAUCUGUAUCUGGGAUGUAGCCCAGACUACUACAGGGGACGCAGUUUCAAUUGGCGAGCCGCCCGGGCACACUGACGCAGUGGGGUCGGUCGCAUUCUCGCCGGACGGCAGACAGGUUGCAUCUGCAUCGUGCGACGGAACUGUUCGUGUCUGGGAUGCAGAUACGGGCGCUGCAGUCGGAGAGCCGCUGCUGGGACGAGGUCAUGAAUACACGUUGAAAUCCACCACGUUCUCGCUGGAUGGCAGGCUCGUUGCAGCCUCCUUCUACGAUGACACCAUUCAGGUUUGGGAGACAGACACUGGUACCCGUGUUGGGCCGCUGCUCAAGGUAGACAAACGGGGUGGGGAUUGCAUCGCGUUGUCGCCCGAUGGCAAGCUCCUUGCGUAUAGCUCCGAUUAUUCGGUGCGUGUUCGCAUUUGGAAUACCCAUAUCGAGCAGUCAUGCAUGGACCACACACACACGGUGACGUCACUCGCGUUCUCGCCCGACGGAAAGCACCUCGCGUCCGCGUUUUAUGACGGAACGGUUCGCGUCUGGGAUGCUCAGACAGGUGCUCUGGUCCUACCGCCUCUCACAGGACACACGGAUACGGUGUGGUCAGUCGCAUUCUCGCCAGACGCUCAGCACAUCGCAACUGGUUCAGGGGACAAGACUGUCCGUAUCUGGGACGUGACCGUCGGGGCAUCGCAUGCACCCAAGAUCGUAACGGGAUCCGAUUCACCCUCCCUUGUCGAUCUCUGGGAGUCGCAUGUUGCGGAGUUCGAUAGGGGGUACGACGGAUGGAUCGUCGGCCCUCAUGAAGAGCUCUUUCUUUGGAUUCCCCCAGGAUAUCGCACUGGCUUGUUGUGGCCUCGCAUGACUGCAGUCAUAGGCGUACAUCCCGUUCGUCUCGACCUCCGCCAGUUCGCGCAUGGCUCGACAUGGACAGAGUGUUGGGGCUCGGCGUAA